GGAACCCUCGGUAUCUCCCAAUUCUCGCACACACCCCACAAAUCUCCCAUCCCUCUUUCCCUCCCUCCAACCAUUUUUCCAAAUCAAACCCAUAAUCAAAUAAAUUCUUUUGUUUUUUUCAUUUUUCCCUUAAUGUCCCUCGACCCCUUCAUCCUCCUGCCUUUGCUUUGUACACAACAUAACAACAAUCAAAAACACUUUGUUUUUCGUUUUUUUUUAUUUUGAUUUCAACAAAUAAACGAGAAAAAAAUCUCCUACAUUGUUGUUGUUGUUGUUGUGGCGGCCUAGCCUUCUGUGUUCAUUGCAGGAAAUUUGAGUAUUUUUUCUCCCCGUUCUUUAACCUUAAAGGUCAAGAAAUUUGUGCAUUUUUUCUUCAUUCUUUGUCGUCUACCUUUUCCUUGAAUUGAAUUAUCAACCACCCUUUGAUUUGGGAAUCCCUUCCUUGUUUGUUUUUCUGUGAUUAUACAUUUCUUGUUCACAUAUUCAUUCAGAGAGCUUGAUUUUCAAAAUUUUGUGUGUCAUUUUCUGUUUGAGUCCCUAUUAAGAUUCCGCAAUCUGGAGGUGUAAAGCAUUGAAUUUUGAAAGCCACUUCCCAAAUCUGUAAUAUCCGUUAUUUUUUUUUAUGAAUUCUUAUUACGUGGGAAAUAAGUCAAUAGACACAUAGCACCAUUGAUUUUGUUGGUGGAAUUUUCCACUGGCAUGAUCGUCUUUGUUCUUAAUAAAGGGUACCCAGUACAAGUUUUCACGGUAAAUGGCUACUUGAUCAAAGGAAUAAGAAGGGUGGGAGCUUCUGGGUUCCCAAGAAAAUACAAGUGUACCCAGUUGCUUAAGUAUACAAAAAGGUAGUGACUUAUUGAUCUAUUCUUUUGCAAGAAUAUGGGGUGCAUAUGCUCAAAAAGCUCUUCAGACGACAAAGAGAAAGUUGAUGAAUAUGAGAAAGAAAAAGAAAAAGAGUCGUCGAACAAGUCUUCUUCUGUGCAAGUGGUUGCUCCUGCUGUCUCAACUGCACAGUUAGAUGGUAGCACGAAUGGUUCGGGGCCCCGAAUGGCUAAGUCAUCAUCACAAGUGAUUAGAGAGUUUGUCAAAGAUAAUAAAAGCAACAAGAACCACUUAGAUGCUGCCACAAGAAGCCAGCACCAGAGGUGCAACACGAUGAGCGGUGGUGUAGGUGAAAGAAAGCCACUAAUGAGUAGAAUCCUUAGCGUGCAACAUUUUGCAGGAGAACAACAUGUUGAUUCUGGAUGGCCAUUGUGGUUAUCUUCAGUGGCAGCAGAAGCCAUCAAAGGGUGGAUGCCUCGACGGGCAGACUCUUUUGAAAAAUUAGACCAAAUUGGACAAGGGGCUUAUAGCAGUGUGCAUAAAGCUCGUGACCUUGAGACUGGUAAAAUUGUGGCCUUGAAGAAGGUUCGCUUUUCAAGUACAGAAGCAGAAAGUGUCAAAUUCAUGGCAAGGGAAAUCUAUAUAUUGCGUCAACUCGACCAUCCUAAUGUCAUCAAGCUUGAGGGUAUUGUCACGUCUAGAACGUCCACCAGUUUGUACCUUGUUUUUGAAUACAUGGAGCAUGACCUUGCUGGGCUAGCAACUAUACAUGGCUUCAAGUUAACUGAACCACAGAUAAAAUGUUAUAUGCAGCAACUGCUUCGUGGGCUUGAACACUGCCAUAGUCGGGGUGUGUUGCACCGUGACAUCAAGGGUUCAAAUCUUCUGAUUGACAACAACGGAAAUCUCAAGAUUGGAGAUUUUGGUCUUUCAAUAGUUUGUGAUCCUGAUAAAAAGCAGCCAUUGACUAGCCGUGUUGUGACUCUGUGGUAUAGGGCACCUGAGCUUUUGCUAGGUGCUACAGAUUAUGGGGCUGCAAUUGACAUGUGGAGUGUUGGUUGCAUUCUUGCCGAAUUGCUGGUGGGGAAGCCAAUCAUGCCUGGAAGAACAGAGGUGGAACAAAUGCACAAAAUUUUUAAGCUUUGUGGUUCGCCAUCUGAAGACUAUUGGCAGAGAACAAAAUUACCCCAUGCAACAAGUUUUAAGCCUCAACACCCUUACAACCGCCAAGUUUCCGAAACAUUUAAAAACUUUUCUCCCACGGCAUCGGCUCUUGUUGAUAUGCUCCUUACAAUAGAACCAGAAGAUCGAGGAUCAGCAACUUCUGCACUCGAGAGUCAGUUCUUCACGACAAACCCCUUACCUUGUAAUCCCUCAAGUUUACCCAAGUUUUCACCAACCAAGGAGUUUGAUUCUAAGCGUCGCGAAAAGGAAGCUACAAGGAAAAAUGCGGAAUCUAUUAAAGGACGUGGACCAGCUUCUGUUUAUAGGGGAGCAGCAGAUACCAAAGUAAUGGGUUCACCAAAGUAUAUUGCUCGGGGAGAUAUUUCUAUGCGGGGCAAGUCAAAUACUAGAAUGUCCCAUGUUAAACAUCAAUCGGAAGAGGAUGGUGAGUCUAACGACAAUGGUGAAGCAACCAUGAUAAGUCUACACAAUGCCUACACACAGAUGCAGAGCAGUAUGGCAGGACCAUCCUCAUUGAGGAAGAAUUCAGAAUUACCGACACAUCAUGCAGCGGCAGAAUUUUCUACCUCUUCCGUUAAAAAGGAACCGGGCAUGUCUGUUCGUGAACCUGGGGUGGGUUAUAUGCCGAAGAAAAAUAGGAUCCACUGCUCUGGACCAUUGGGUAGCAACAUUGAUGACAUGCUUAAAGAGCAUGAGCGAUUAAUGCAAGAUGUUUUCCGUAGCGUAAAAAAAAACAAUCCGUGAAAGUGAUUUUAUUUUGGGGACGUGAAAUUCUAUCCUGGCAUGCCUGAUUCUACUAAAAAGGGAGAGCAAUGUAAAGUAAUAGAGAAAAAUAUACUCAGUUUCUAAUGGCAAGAUGUGUGGAAAAAAAAAGUUUCUAAUGGCUAGAAUCCAACAUUGGGUGUACUUUCUGCAAAGGUUGAGCAUCAAUUGCCUUUGUCAAGUGGACAUUGGGUUUUCUUUCUUCAAAGAUCGAUUCUUAAGAAUACAAUCAAUACACUAACACAAUACCAUUAAGCUCAGCAACGAUAACUUGAGGCUAAACCAACUUAAAUAUAGUUGUGAAACAUUUCAUUAGAAUCCGUUAAACAAGAACUACAAAAAUCACAUAAUUCACCGUUAAGGCAUUUCUCAUGCCCCAUAAUGUAAAAAGACUACCAUAACCUGCAUGAGAAUAAUAUAAAUAGGUCAUAGAGAUCUCACGAAUAUCUUUAAUUUUUACGCUCUUAUUAUUCACUUAAA